ACCCGGCGGGUGGGACCCAUUCCUUCCUAGUACCUGGGCCCCUGCUCCAGGCGGCUCUGGCUGCCUAGCCAGGGGAAGGGCUUUUAUUGUGAAAGGAGCUCCCCCCUCCUUCGCUUUCGGGGAAGUGGGGAGGCUGGGCUGGAACGCGCAGCAGGGACUUCGCAAACUCUGCAAACGUCCCUAGCUGAUCGCGGAGGCUCGCGGCUGUUGGAAGGCUCCUGCAGAACCGCAGAUCCUCAGACACGCAGAUCCCCCGUGGUCUGGAGAUCCCACACCUCCUCUAGCAACCCCACCUGCAGAGCAUCCCUGAGCGCACCGCACACCCAGGAAUUGUGCGGCCCUUGGCCGCUGGGAAGCUGUGGACCUUCGGUCCGGGAAACCCGAGCCCAGGGAAGCCUUGGAGAGUCACGGAGCAAGGGGCGGCCCCCGGGGCUGUGGGAUGAGCUGGAGAGCCGGCUGAGAUCGUGGAAGAGCAGGUCCAGCCACACAGGGGACAUGGCAUCUUGGCUCUGGAGAAAGCUGCGUGGCAAGAGGCGGUUGGUGAUGGCAUUCUGCCUCUUGAUGACUCUGUCUGUGGUGACUGUCACCCGGUUCCCCCCACAGCAUCCAGUUACUGGCCCAGACCCUGGUCCCAUGGAGCCCCAGGAGGUCACUGGAGCCCCUGGCCCCCACAGCCGGCAGGGUCUGAGCUCCGGCUGGAGGCAGCGGGCAAGAGACCUAGGGUUCUGGAGAGGCUGGGCCUUGCCUAAGAAUCCCAUCCCGGUGUGUGCUGAGGGGCAAGGCCACAGAGGGACAGUGGACAGAAGCAGCAAGUCCCUGGGAGAGGACAGCAGGCAUCCAGGGAGGGUCAGGAGGGACAUUACUUUGGCCUCUCUAGGAGAUUUGAGACUCACUACCUCACGUCUUGUGCUGCUGAGGGACGGUAAGGUCAGGGGUCCAGGAGGCAAAGACUUGGGUCCCCCCUGGCAUGAGGAUCCCAUCGGAGAGGCACAGAAUGAGACUGGCACCCUGGUUGGCCCUGUAACAGGACGUGGCAUGACCGCUUUACAGGCUUGGAGAGCUGCUGCUGGACUAACCCUCUGGCCCCACCCAGUGGAAGGCAGGAAUGUGCCAGGAGCUAGGAACGGAGCUGUGACUAGUAGGCGACAAGCAGGGCAUCCCACCCCAGCUACAGGGGCUCGUCGGUGGCCGGGCUCUGUUGAGGAGCUGCAAAGAUCUGUCUGGUGUGGUGCCGAGACCCCUGAGCUGUUGAGCAGCUUGAAGACCGGUGGGCAGGUUCCCCCGUGGCUCACAGAGCAUGAUGUGCAAAUGCUCCAGCUGUUGGCCCAGGCGGAGGUGGUGGCCAAAGCCAGGGUCCCUGGCCAUGGGCAGGUGCUGCAGGUUGGCUUCUCCAGUGAGAGUGCCCUUCAGAACAUGUCUUCUGGGCUCAGCCAUCUCUGCUCCCAGGGGCUCUGCGGCCUGAUCAAGAGGCCUGGGGACCUGCCGGAGGUCCUGUCCUUCCAUGUGGACCGUGUGCUGGGGCUGCGCCGGAGCCUCCCUGCUGUGGCCCGGAACUUCCAGAGCUCCCUGCUGCCCUACCGAUACACGGAUGGUAGCACCAGGCCCGUCAUCUGGUGGGCGCCUGACGUGCAGCACCUCGGCGACCCAGACGAUGACCAGAACUCUCUGUCCUUGGGCUGGCUGCAGUACCAGGCCUUGUUGGCCCGUGGCUGCAGCUGGCCAAGCCAGGCCCCCUGCCUGGGCAUCCACCACACUGAAUGGGCACGCCUGGCGCUCUUCGACUUCCUGCUGCAGGUGCAUGACCGCCUGGACCGCUACUGCUGCGGCUUCGAGCCCGAGCCGUCAGACCCCUGCGUGGAAGAGAGGCUCCGGGAGAAGUGCCGGAACCCGGGCGAGCUGCGGCUGGUCCACAUCCUGGUCCGGAGCAGUGAUCCAUCCCAUCUGGUCUACAUCGAUAAUGCCGGCAACCUUCAGCAUCCUGAGGACAAGCUGAACUUCCGGCUGCUGGAGGGCAUCGACCGGUUUCCUGAGUCGGUCGUGCAGGUUCUCGCCUCAGGGUGUCUACAGAACAUGCUGCUCAAGUCGCUGCGGAUGGACCCCGUGUUCUGGGACAGUCAGGGCGGGAGACAGGGCCUGGAGCGGGUUCUCCGGACCCUGGCGCGGCGAGGCCAGGUGCUGCUGGAGCACAUCCGGAAGCACAACCUCACGCUCUUCAGGGACGAGGCCUCGUGAGCUCCCUGCUGCCCAGCGGGGGCCUCACAGCACCACCUGACUGGAUAAGCACCCAUCCUGGGGGCCACGUUCUCUCGGGUCCCCCCAGCUUGAAGACAAACGGGAAAGGCCAGAAGAAACCAGAGGAUACCGUGGAUGUCCAGAUGUCCCACCUGCUUGGGACAGUGAAGGUGGUGGGGGGUGGUGCGUUUUCCAUCUUCCCACCCUCCUUUCUGCCUUUUCAGCUCUGGCUGUUUACUCCCUUGCACCAAUAAAUAUAUUCAAGAAUGUUCUGUGUACCGCUCCAGAUACCAUAAAAUUGUGCGUCCCACAUGCAUAUGUAGAGUGGACGUGUGCGCGCGCACAUGUGUGUGUGUGUGCGCGUGUGUGCGUGAAGGUUCCCCCUGAAGACACCAAGCCAGAAGUCAGUAAGCAAGUAAGCAAGGCCCCAAGCUUCCAGCAAACACUUCUGUGUCCUGAUGUGAACAGGUCUGCUCAGCACAGAAAGGCGGACCCAUAAACAGUGUGUGGCCGCCCAGCUUGCCCAGAGCAUGUCAACUGCCCAGGGCACGGGAGGGCAGGACCCAGCACUCUGCUCAGGCUGCUCAGCAAAGACACUGUCACCAGCGCUGCCCUCAGCACGGGCCUCUUCCUCCCUCUGGAUGGUAGCGGGCGGAGGGAGGCUCCAAUCCCAGCUCUGCCCACAUCCUCAGAACUCCAGGGUUGAGCCCCGCCCUCCCAGGCUCCAGGGGGCCGCAGGCCUCUCAUGGUGCCGGUCCUCAACAGGUAGCCCUGCCCUCCCUGCCUCCUGCCUCAGAGGGCCUUUUGGAAUGUAGGUACCCUUGUGGUUUUGUCUCUUCUGAUUUUCAGAGGACUGGACUUGAACGAAGGAGCUCUGGGUUCAGAUCUGGCCUGGGCCACUUCAUGGUUAGCCAACGACUAAUGUUUACUGAGCACCUGCCAUAAUAACUGGUAACAUUUCCCGGGCGAUGACGAUGCACCAGGCACUGUGACGGCGGUUUGCGUGGAUCAGAGCAUGUACCCUCCCUGCACGCCGAUGGCUACGUGGGGUAUUAGCAUCUCCACCGUGCAAAUGAGGCA